AUGCGUAUUGUAUACAUUGUGUGUAGUAUAUUUAUUAAUUUAUUUUAUUUGUCACCAUGCUUUACUCAAAUUAGUUUUGUAGAUAAUAUAUACGCAGAAAUAUGUGAGGAUCCAGUAAAUAAAGAUGAAUCAAGUGUAUAUUGUAUAAAAGAUCAUAAGAAUAAAGCUUCUUUAUAUGUUUAUAAACAUAUUAUAAAGAUAUUGUUAUCUAAAUAUGGGUUAAAUUAUAAUAGAAUUGGAAUAGUAGAACAUUCUCAUGGUAAACCAAUAAAUUAUAUUACAUAUUCAGAUUUUUUUAAAAAGGUAUUAUCGUUUAGUCACACAUUAUGUACUUAUGAAGGGAAAGGUAUUGAAAGUCAAUCAUAUAAGGAAAUACAAAAUGGUGGUAAGUUUAAGUUAUUAGGUUUGUAUGGGAGUAAUUCUAUUAAUUGGCUAGUUUCUGAUUUGGGAUCUAUGAUUAGUGGCGUUACCACAUUAGUAUUGCAUUCGAAAUUUAGUAUAGAUGUAAUUGUAGGUAUAUUAAAUGAAACAAAAUUAGAAUGGAUAUGUGUAGAUUUAGAUUUGGUUGAAGGAAUACUGGAGCGUAAGAAAGAUUUACUUUAUUUGAAAAAUGUUGUAAUAUUAGAUACAUUAAGUAAAACUAAAAAAAUAAAUAUAAAUUUGGAAGAAGAUAAUGAAAAAAAUAAUUGUAAUAAUAAGAGAAAUAAUAAUAAUAAUAAUAAAGAAUUCUUUAAUAAAAAGGAAGAUAAUGAAUUGGUUUCUUUGUCAUAUGAUAAUGAAAAAAUAGAAAAAAUUAAUGCCUUAAAAAAGAGAUUCCAUCAUGAUCGGAUAAAUAUUAUAUUAUUUGAUGAUAUGAUAAAAAAAAAAGGAAUAACGAAAAUGCAUAUUAAAAAUGAAGAUCCAGAUUUCAUUACGUCAAUUGUUUACACAUCUGGAACGUCUGGAAAACCAAAAGGGGUUAUGUUAAGUAAUAAAAAUUUUUUCAAUACAGUAGUACCACUUUGUGAUAAUAGUAUACUAGUAAAAUAUUCUCCCAAAUCGCAUUUAUCCUAUUUACCUAUUUCUCAUGUAUAUGAAAGAAUUCUUGUUUACCUUUCUUUUAUGAAAGGCAUUAGAAUAGAUAUAUGGAGUAAGGAUAUAAAUUAUUUAUCUGAGGACAUGUACAACACAAAAGGAAAUAUAAUAGCAGGGGUACCGAAAAUAUUUUCAAGAAUGUAUACAAGAAUUAUGAAUGAAAUAGAUAAUUUACCAUAUCUGAAAAGAUGUAUGGUGAAAGGUAUUUUAUCAUUAGGUAAAUCACCUAGUUAUGAUAUAACUUCUAGUAAUUUUCUUGAUAAAAUUGCUGGUGUUUCUUGUAGAAUUAAAGAGAAAAUAAAUCCUAAUUUGGAAGUUAUAAUAAAUGGGGGUGGGAAGUUAUCAGCUCAAAUUGCACGUGAGUUAAGUAUAUUAUUAAAUGUUAAUACUUAUCAAGUUUAUGGUUUAACAGAAACUAAUGGAGCUAUAUUUGUACAAAACCAGAACGAUUUUGACACUGAUAGUGUGGGAGGACCUAUAUCUCCUACAACAAAAUAUAAAGUGAAAACAUGGGAAAUUUAUAAAGCUACUGAUACAUUACCUAAAGGAGAAUUACUGGUUAAAAGUGAUUCAGUAUUUUGUGGAUACUUUUUAGAAAAGGAACUAACACAGAAUGCUUUUACUGAUGAUGGUUAUUUUAAAACAGGAGAUAUUGUACAAAUUAAUAAAAAUGGCUCGUUAAAAUUUUUGGAUAGAUCCAAGGGAUUAAUAAAAUUAUCACAUGGGGAAUACAUAGAAACAGAUAAGUUGAAUAAUUUAUAUUCCCAAAUUUCAUUUAUAAAUUAUUGUGUUGCUUAUGGAGAUGAUUCUAUGGAUGGACCACUGGCCAUUAUUUCGUUGGAUAAAAGUUUAUUUUUUAAAUCUUUAAAAAAUAAUAAUAUGCUAGAAAACACUGGAAUAAAUGAAGAAAAUUAUUUAAAUGCAUUAACUGAUGAUACCAUGAAUGAAACAGUUUUUCUUGAUUAUGUUAAAGGGAAAAUGAUGGACGUUUACAAAGAAACAAAUAUGAACAGAUACAAUGUUAUUAAUCAUAUAUAUUUAACUUCAAAAGUUUGGGAUACAUAUAAUUAUCUUACACCAACAUUGAAGGUGAAAAGAUUCCGUGUCUUUAAAGAUUAUUCUUUUUUCAUAGAUGAAGUGAAGAAAAUAUAUGAGAACAAGCUCAAAAAAAGUAGUAUAUGUAAUAAAGGAAUAUUAAUAAAUGGAAGCAAAAAUGUAGAAUUGAAGAAACGACUAAAUGAUAAGGAUGAAACAUCAGAGAAAAAAGUAGAAGAUAAUAUGAAAAAUAUAAAAUAUCAAAAUGAAGUAAUAGAAUAUCCUAAUAAAUGCACGCGGUUAAACGUUCAUAAUGUAAAUGAAUUAGAACGGAAUAAAUGA